UAACUUUUUUAAGCAAACUUGACUCGUGUAAACAUGGCGAGCCUGGCAGAUGUCGGCUGGAAACUCCUGGAAUUCAAAGCCCGAUCAAAAAGAUCAGGAUCCAUCUAUGAACCUCUCAAGCUGUCCAUUCUGCAUCGUGAGGAUGAGCCCCUAUGGGAGAAGCUGGACCGCUACUACAGUGCUGUCAAGGAAACCAUUCUGAACUACCAGAGUCCCACCACUGGCCUUUUCCCGGUCAAAACAUGCUCCACCUGCAAGGAGGCCAAGGUCCGGGACUCUCUGUACUGUGCUGCUGGUGCCUGGGCCCUGGCUUUGGCCUACCGCCGCAUUGAUGAUGACAUGGGGCGGACUCAUGAAUUGGAGCAUUCUGCAAUCAAGUGCAUGAGAGGGAUCCUCUACUGCUACAUGAGACAGGCUGAUAAGGUAGAGCAGUUUAAACAGGAUCCCAGUCCCUCCAAGUGUCUGCACUCUGUGUUCAAUGUAGACACUGGUGACGAGGUGUACUCCAACAGUGACUACCACCACCUGCAGAUCGAUGCUGUCUCUCUGUUUCUGCUGUACCUGGUGGAAAUGAUCUGCUCUGGCCUGCAGAUCAUUUACAACACUGAUGAGGUUUCCUUCAUCCAGAACCUGGUGUUCUGUGUGGAAAGAGCCUACAGGGUGCCUGACUAUGGCAUAUGGGAGAGAGGCAGCAAAUACAACAACGGCAGCACCGAGCUGCAUUCCAGCUCUGUGGGCCUGGCUAAAGCUGCUCUGGAGGCCAUCAAUGGAUUUAACCUGUUUGGAAACCAGGGCUGUUCAUGGUCGGUGAUAUUUGUGGAUCUGGACGCCCACAACAGGAACAGGCAAACCCUGUGCUCCCUACUGCCCCGAGAGUCUCGUUCACAUAACACAGAUGCAGCCUUGCUUCCAACCAUCAGCUAUCCUGCAUUUGCUGUAGAUGAUGAUGCCCUCUACAGUCAGACACUGGACAAGAUUGUCCGUAAGUUGCGCGGGAAGUACGGCUUCAAACGUUUCCUCCGUGAUGGCUACCGCACAGCUAAUGAAGACAAGAAUCGACGCUACUACAAACCUGCUGAAAUGAAGCUUUUUGAUGGAAUCGAGUGCGAGUUUCCCAUAUUUUUCAUCUACAUGAUGAUCGACGGAGUGUUCAGAGGAAAUAAAGCUCAGGUCAAAGAAUACCAGGACCUUCUUGAACCCAUCAUCUUCCAGUCUUAUGAAGGCCAUGCUGUGAUCCCCAAAUACUACUACGUACCGGCUGACUUUGUGGAGGCGGAGCAGAACAAGCAUGGAAGCCAGAAGCGUUUCCCUAGCAACUCUGGUCGUGAUGGGAAGAUCUUCCUGUUUGGUCAAGCACUUUACAACAUCGCCAAGCUGCUGGUGGAUGAGCUGAUCAGCCCUAAAGAUAUUGAUCCCAUCCACCGCUACGUGCCCCGGCAGGACCAACGCAAUGUCAGCAUGCGAUACUCCAAUCAGGGUCCCAUCGAGAAUGAUGUUGUGAUUCACGUGGCACUGAUAGCAGAAAGCCAGAGACUGCAGGUCUUUCUGAACACCUAUGGCAUUCAGGCACAGACACCCCAGCAGGUGGAACCUAUCCAAAUCUGGCCUCAGAAGGAACUGGUUAAGGCAUACCGUUUCUUAGCCAUCAAUAAGAAACUGCAGUUGAGUGGGCGUCCAGAGAGGCCUGUAGGCUGCAUCGGGACAUGCAAGAUUUAUCGUAUCCUGGGCAAGACGGUGGUGUGCUACCCAAUAGUUUUUGAUCUAAGUGACUUUUACUUGUCCCAAGAUGUUAUGCUGCUGAUUGAUGACAUUAAGAAUGCCCUGCAGUUCAUCAAGCAGUGCUGGAAGAUGCAGGGACGUCCUCUCUUCCUCGUUCUUAUCCGCGAGGAUAACAUCAAAGGGAGUCGCUUCAACCCAGUCUUGGACAUGCUGGCCUCAUUCAAGAAAGGCAACAUUGGAGGGGUCAAGGUUCAUGUGGACAGACUUCAGACCCUGAUAUCUGGAGCAGUGGUGGAGCAGUUGGACUUUUUGCGUGUCAACGAGGCAGAGAUCCCAGAGUUUAAGAGCUUUGAGGAGCUGGAGCUGCCCAAACACUCCAAGGUGAAGAGACAGACCAGUACACCCAACGCCUCAGACCUGGAGCAGCAGCCAGAGAUCAGUGUGGAGGAAUGGCUCCACAAGCCUACCCAUGAGAUCAUCCAGAAGUUUCAUGACUGCAACUGCUUGGCCAGUCAGGCUCAACUUGCAGGGAUCAUUCUUAGGAGAGAAGGACCAGGCUUCCUCUCCAAAGAUGAAAACAUGAUGGAUGAGCUGGAGAGAAUCUACAGAAGAGCUGGCAGCAGAAAGCUUUGGCUGGCAGUGCGCCAUGCUGCCGUCAUUAUCAAGAAGUUCGCCAGCUCUAUAGCUCCUCACAUCACCACAAUACUGGUGCAUGGGAAACAGGUGACCCUCGGUCUAUUUGGGCAAGAGGAGGAGGUGAUCUCCAAUCCACUGUCACCAGGGGUGAUCCAAGGCAUCAUCUACAGCAAGUGCUCUCCUCACGGCGAUGAGCGGGAAGCCGUUCUGCAGCAAGAGCUGGUCAUUCAUAUCGGAUGGAUUAUCUCCAACAACCCAGAGCUCUUCAGCGGCAUGCUCAAGAUCAGAGUCGGAUGGAUUGUCCAGGCCAUGAAACAUGAGCUGAAGAUCCGGGCGGGAGACAUGCCACCCCAGGACAUCCAUCAGCUCUCCCCCAGUGACAUCAAACAACUCCUGCUAGAUGUCCUGCAGCCACAACACACAGCCAGGUCUUGGCUGAACAGGCGUCAGAUCGAUGGCUCUCUUAACAGGACCCCUCUGGGCUUUUAUGAUCGUGUGUGGCAGAUCCUGGAGAGGACCCCCAAUGGUAUUGUGGUGGCUGGGACUCACCUCCCGCAGCAACCUACGCUUUCUGACAUGACCAUGUAUGAGAUGAACUUCUCCCUGCUGGUGGAGGACACGCUGAAGAACAUUGUUCUGCCUGAGUACAGACAAAUCAUAGUGGAGUUGCUGAUGGUGGUGUCUAUUGUGCUGGAGAGAAACCCGGAGCUGGAGUUCAGCGACAAGGUUGAUCUUGACGGCCUGGUGAAGGAAGCCUUUAACGAUUUCCAGAGGGACCGUAGUUCCUUUAAAGGCACAGAGAAACAGGAUGACAUGGAGGCUUUCUACAAAACACCACCAGUGGGAAAGAGAGGCACCUCCAGCUACUUGAGCAAGGCUGUUAUGAUCCAAUUGCUACAAGGGGAUGUCAAGCCCUGCAAGGAUGACCCCUGCUCUGUUAGCUAGAUUUACAACGGUAUGACCAUUAAUCUCAGCCUGCUGCAGUGUAGCCGUCAGAUGGUCCUGUGAGGACUAUUGACUAUCCAUCACAUGUAUUCAGAAGAUAACCUUUAACCUCAAAAAUGCUCCAAAUUGUCCACUCCUGCAAACUACACUUCCUGGACCUUUUCCUCAACAACAGUAGAAGCUUCAUUUGCAGUAGAUUAGCAUGUCUGCACAUUCACCAGUCGGGCAUAACUCAGUAGAGUUAAACUCACACGCACAAAAUCUCACCUAAAAUCUUGCUUUACCUCUACACAUUUUUGUAAUUUAAUCCUAUGUAAGGAAGUAAAUCAGCAGGGUUUUUUUUCCAAACUAUUUCUUUCAUUUUUGGUGCCUAGAAAUCAAGUUUAAAUGUUCUCUACACUGACAGGGCUCAGAUGUAACUGCUCAAAUUAUACCUCACCAGCAAUAACCUAUAGCUGUUAGUCCAUACAAGUCAUUGUAUUGUAUCAUGAGAGAUGUGAUUCUCAAAUUGAUGCAGUUGGCUUCCAGGGGCCUUAACAAUGCAUCACGUCACUGAUAUAAAGGUUUGCCAUAUUUCCGCUAUGAUCCAUAAGAAGAUGUACGAAUAUUGAUGUGGUUAUCCUCUUCUGAACUAUCUGUUGAUCUUUAGCAUCCGAAUGUUUGAGAAUUACUGCACAUACUAAUAUAUUUUGAUUUUAUAGUGUAUUACAAAGUAUAUUAUUCAGCUGAAAAUGUAUUCAUGUCAGAGUUAGGUGGUUGUUGAGUUUCUCUUCUUUUUCUCUGUCCUUGUCCUCUUACCUCUAUGCAUGCACAGUCUGCUGCAUGAGCAUCGGUAAUAUCUGCCAAAACCAUUGUGAUGAUUUCUUCUGAAAGUUAUAGCCUACAAAAUAGUUUCUGAGAGGACUGUUUUGCUCAGUAGGGCUCUGCAUGACAAUGACGGCUGCUCAACUGAAGUCCUGUGACUGAGGACCCUUUAGAAAUGCUGUUUUGUUAAAGGUGGGCAACAGAAAAUCCUGCUGUCAACCUUAGGUAGAAAUGAUAAAAGACUUAUUUUGACAUAUAUUAUAGUGUGCCUCUCUGAAUAUUAUCACUGUGAUGAAUCCAUCCAGCCUUUUCACUGUGUGUGUGUGUGUGUGUUGUUUACUGUUGUCAUUCAGAAAAAGUAUUUUUAACUCAAAACUGUAGUUUCAAAGAAUAAAGUUAUCGCUAAACCUGUUAACAUUU